UACUCAUCUACGAUAUACUGAAUAAUGCUGCUGGCGUGUCAAAGGGCUCAAAGGAAAAGCAGCUUAUAGUUAUCCAUGGGCUCUUAAGUGGACAGAAAAUAGUCGAUGGUAGACCACGUCAAAUCAGAACAAAUAGUCACUAUGAGUUGAAGGGCGAGAAGGCGCUAGCAAAUCAAAGCGAGACGAACAAAUGUGAACGAUCGACAUCUAUGUGGAGAGAGUUGGUGAAUAAUACAACCAAACAGAUCAAUUUUGUAGAGUAUAAAUCGAUACUAGGAAGCAAAUGCAAAGUUCGAGGAAGAACUAAAAGAAAGAGAUUGUCGAAUGCCGAAAUGACAAACGCAAUAGCGAGAACGUCUGUACAAGAACGGGAGAAGGAACUAUUAAGUCAGUUUGCGGUCGUAUUAAAUGAAAGAAAAGAAAUUCAGGAAACUGCUCAAAUUACUGGAAAGUCGAGAAAUUCAUCACACUUCUCGCCAAGAUAUUUAUUUGAAGCAGUGUUUUUGAUCCGUUCUUCUGCCUUAAUGGUCUUGCAAAAUCAUUCUGGCAUAUCAACAGAAGAUAUCACUGUGCCUUCAUCGAUAGUGAAUGAAGAAAUGUCUGAAGAACCAAAGACCACGAAAAGAAAGGCGGCACCCAAAC